AUAUAUAUAUAUAUAUAUAUAUGUGUGUGUGUGUGUGUAUGUGUGUAUGUAUGUGCAUUUUUUUAGUGGCAUUUUAUUUGAAUACCAGUCCAAGAAAAAAAAUUCUGAUCAUGAUAGAUGACAACGAACCGAACCUUACUAGGGACCAACUAGAGAGAUCUAUCUCUGAGUUCAGGUAAAAGGCAUACAAACUAUGUUCCAAAACAGUACUUAACUUGCUUAUCGACAGAAAAAGCAAUGACUCUUCACCCAAGUCGGGUCUAUCAGACAGUGACGAAAACAAUACAAAUGAAGUAGCCCUUCAGAGUUUUGAGCGAUUUAGAGAAAAUAGCGUGACUUCAAUUGAGGAAGAUAACACGCUAUCAGUCAUGAAUUACCCACCACCCAAUGAUUCAAUUGCAGAAUACUGUGCAGAAUCCCUUUAUAGCUACAGCUUUACGCCUCUGUCUCGGGUUCACAAGGCGGCAAAGAUCAAGAGACAGAUCUUGAGUCGGGGCAUGGAUUAUAUGCAACGCAUUCGAUGGAAAACGGGUGAAAGGGAUACCGGUAGGCGCUUUUCUCAGCCUGAUAUUGGUGUAUUAGAUCAAAAUAAUGAUUGGGUAAGUGAGACGGGUUCACGGCAGCUACAGCCAUGUCCAUCACUGAAUGAUAUCGCCUCAAAAAACACAGAGUUCUUGUCCAACUUGACAUCAUCACCCAUUGUGCCCCUCUUUCCACCUCACAACAAAUAUAUCCAAACAAGACCACCCGAACCCACUCUAUCUUCACCUAUUCCUACAUCCGCUUUAAGGCAUAGUGUAGCCAUUGACAAUUCCGAAACGAAGCCAGACGAAAGUUUUGGAAAUAGACGACAGACGCUUGAAAUGCUCCAUAAUCUACCACCCAUUUAUGAAAUGCCUCAAAACACAUCAGAAUUACCUUAUUCAACACAAUACACUCGAGCACUGCAUGCACCUUCUCGUUUCUUGCCUCAGAACCAAGCUAUUUUAACAACAGAUGCAGAUGCCACCAUUCUGUUGUUUAACGACAUGGCCAGCCUUUGUUUUGGGUUUGAUAAGUCGUUUAUUGGACAAUCGAUUCUAAAAGCGCUUGAGGACCCAUUUCGAACGCAAAUCAAGCAUAUUUUAAAGAGAAGACGCAAUUUGGUCAAAGAGAACCAGUUGGAAAAAGGGCUAGUUUUAGUCUGUGGUAUUGUGGUACCGAUUCGCAAGAUGAAUGGUGAGACGUCUUCUGCUGCCUCACUUUGGCUCAAGGAAAAAGUGACAGAGGAAGGGAAAAGUAUCUAUAUUUGGAUAUUUGAGGAAAUCUAUGAGACUUCUUUAUCGGCCCAAUUGGAUGAAAAGGGAAAUGUACUGGAAAUAACGGGAACAACAAAGGAUUUGUUUGGUUAUGAGCCUGACCAAGUCAUUGGCAAACCCAUUACACAACUUAUCCCUGCAUUGACCAAUGAAAACAAGACAAAUCCAGGUGUGAAUCUGAACAAGAUUGAGAAACUCAAAUACUAUGGUGGAAAGUCUAAGAAUGGUAUUUGUUUCCCAACCAUGGUCAAUAUCUCUGUUCAUCGACUCAAAAUUGUGUCUUUGCCUUCCAUUGCUGGCCUAAUUACUGUUCAUAGUAAUGGCAGAAUCCAGAGUAUCAAUCCUGUGCCUGCAAAAUACCUGUUUGGCUAUUCAACAGAGACAUUAGUAGAGAAGUUCAGUAUAGACCAAAUUAUUCCUCAAUUUUCCAAAAUUGUGGCUGGAUUGCGUCGUUGUAAACUACUGCAAUUCUCAAGCACAGUCAACAAUCAUGCGUGUCGAUGGGCUAUUUCCGAGAUAUUCAACACAGAAAAGUAUAAAUCAAUGGAAGUAGAGCAAUCAUUAAAGCAUUUGGAGCGACAGCCAUCUAUCAAUGCAAGUGGUCAAGCAUUGCCCAUUAUUUAUGCUGUUCAUCGAGAUGGCAGUCAAUUUGAAAUUCAAUUACAACUGAGGUUGAUCAAGAGUGAACAAGAGGAUUUAGUGAGUGUUUGGGUAACUUAUGAUCGUAUCUAUGCCCUCAAAAGACCAAAGAAGGCUGCUAUUGCUGUUGCUGCUGCCACUGCUGCUGUCAUUGGGAAAAUGCAACCAGAGGAAAGACUCAAAAUUCCUCCUAUGGAUCAAGCUAAACAUCCAUUGAGUCCUAAAUCACGUCCAGCCAUCAUCAAGUCUGAAACAGAACAAGUACCUUUUAAGAGGCCACCUAUUCGAACCUAUGGUGUAUCUUCGUUUGGCUCUGUCGACAAGAAAAAGGCACUGUUUCCAAAUGGUAUGGAGGAAGAACCAGAAGAAAGGAAAAGUACCAUACCCGCCAUACAGAUCGAAAAGAAGCAAGAAAGACCGAGUCAUCCCAUGGAUGCUUAUGUGAUUGUGGGUACUUUAGGCGAAGGGGCUUAUGGUACAGCCAAAUUAGCUUAUAGAAAAGAUGACCCCAAACAGACAAAAGUGGUGAUCAAGUUCAUUGCAAAGUCUAGGAUUAUUCUGGAUUCAUGGAUAAGAGAUCGACAGCUUGGUCUGAUACCUCUUGAAAUUCACAUAUUGAAGAAAUUAAAAGAACAUCCACAAGUCAAUUGUUGUUCGCUUGAAACCUAUAUGGAAGACGAAGACAAUUAUUUUGUAGUCAUGAAACUCUAUGGUACAAGCAGCAUGGACUUGUUUGACUAUAUAGAACUGAAUGAAAAGAUCUCUGAAGCAGAAGUCAAAGACAUCUUCCGACAAGUAGCCAUGGCAGUUGAACAUAUUCAAAGCCUUCGCAUUGUACACCGUGACAUCAAAGAUGAAAAUAUCUUGUUAGAUGAAACAGGGUGUGUUCAUUUGAUUGAUUUUGGAAGUGCUGCUUAUUUUAGAAAGGGCCGUACGUUUGAUACAUUUGGUGGUACUCUGGACUAUUGUGCUCCUGAAAUUCUAAAGGGCAUGCCAUAUGAAGGGCCUGCACAGGAUAUAUGGAGUUUAGGUACCUUGUUGUAUACGUUGAUUUACAGAGAGAAUCCGUUUUAUAAUGUAGAUGAAAUUCUAGAGCAGGACUUGCGAAUUCCUUUUGUUAUGUCUGAAGGCUCUUUGGAUCUCAUUAAAAAGAUGUUAAAUCGUGAUGUAGAAAAGCGUUAUAAUAUACAUGAGGUGCUGGAACACCCUUGGUUGAAAUCCUGAACCUUAUCACUCACUCUUGCCAAGCUAUAGUAAUCUCAUGGCCACCACUACAAGAGCCAUGCUUAAUAACCAGUCAUUCAUUUAUUCAUACAUGGCAGCAGAAAUAAAAUGCCUAUAGCUUAGACCAGAUUUCAAAUAAGCAAU